AUGGAGAUCAGCUUAAUAACGCUGGCCCUUGUGGUCGGCUUGUUUGUGGCGGCUUACCGGUACUAUACGAAAAAUUACUUCUACUUUGCGGACAAACCAAUCCCGUUCCUAAAGCCAUCGUUCCCGUUUGGCAAUGCUGGCCCGAUUAUUAUGAAGAAAGUGACAUUGUUUGAGCACUUCAAAAAUCUAUACAAUGCGUUCCCCAAUGGAAGAAUACACGGUAUAUUCAAUUUGCGUCAGCCGGCAUAUGUUGUUCGUGAUCCAGACCUGGUGAAACAAAUCACAGUGAAGGAUUUUGAUUACUUUGUCGACCAUGUUCCUACCGGAUUGGAGCAAACAGAGGAGAACACUAGCCACCUGCUUCUGAGCAAUUCGCUUGUGGCGCUGCGUGGACAAAAGUGGCGUGACAUGAGAGCGACACUCAGCCCGGCCUUUACCGGCAGCAAGAUGCGGCUGAUGUUCGCAUUGAUUGCCGAAUGUGGCCAAACGAUGGUCGCACAUUUCCGGUCGGAAGAACAGAAGGCUCGGUCAGCUGGUGGUGCCGGUUUGCAGCUAGAGAUGAAAGACGUGAUGACGCGCUUCGCCAACGAUGUCAUCGGAACGGCGGCUUUCGGAAUAAAGGUGGAUUCGUUCCGCGAUCCAACCAAUGAGUUCAUCACCGUGGCCCGGUCGGUCACUAAUCAAAUAUCGUUUGUUAAAGCGUUAAAAAUGAUAGGCUAUACCAUCGCUCCAAAACUUAUGAUGCGGUGGGACAUUGACUUUCUUACUCCGGAAGAGAAGCGGUUCUUCCGCGACACGAUACUGGAGACGAUGCGAAUACGCGAGGAGAAGGGUAUCUUCCGGCCGGACAUGAUCGAGCUUUUGAUGCAAGCGAAGAAGGGUAGUCUGAAGCAUCAGCAGACAGUAGAACCAAAGCAGGAGACGACAACGGCCGAAGGAUUUGCCACUGUUGAGGAGUCACACGUUGGGCGACGUGCUCAUGACCGUGUCUGGACCGACACGGAGUUGAUCGCGCAAGCGUUUAUAUUCUUCUUUGCCGGUUUCGAAACCAUCUCCUGGACGUUGUCGUUUGCGCUGUACGAGCUGGCAGUUAACGACGAUAUCCAGGCACGGUUGUUUGAGGAAGUGCGCGAAUCGGAACAGUCGCUUGAGGAAGGAAAAACGCUUAGCUACGAAAAGCUGCAGUCGUUACCGUAUCUUGACAUGGUUGUUUCGGAAACACUUCGCAAAUGGCCCAUUGCUAUGUUGCUAAAUCGGGAGUGUGUCCGGGACUAUCAAUACGAUGAUGGACAGGGUGUGAAGUUUACCAUGGAGAAGGGAGCGCAUAUCUACAUACCCAUCGUUGGUAUGCAUUUUGACGCGAAAUAUUUCCCCGAUCCGGAACGUUUCGACCCAGAACGGUUCAAUGAGGAAAACAAGAAAACGAUUCAAACUGGCACGUACCUACCGUUUGGUGCAGGACCACGUAAUUGUAUUGGUUCCCGAUUUGCCCUGAUGGAGGCGAAGGUGGUCCUCUACUAUCUGUUGCUUCAUUUCCACGUAAAACCGUACGCCAAAACGCAGAUUCCAUUAAAAUUGAAAAAAUCAUCCACACAGUUACAAACUGAGCACGGGGUUUGGUUGGAGUUCCAGUCGAGAAGCAGUUAA